AUGGAUUAUCGUCACACCCAAGUUCCUGGAAUCUGGCUAUCUACAAGGUGUCUUGAAGGUGCUUCACAGAUGCCCCUUGAGACGUCUGUGCGCCGACAAGUACGACACAAAGAGCCUGUACACUGUGCAGUCAAAUCGUCUUCUCCAAGAUCAUACAUGCCAGGAUCACCUAUGUCAAAACUACCUACACCCCGCCUUGCAUCACCGUGGCAAUGGGCUUACAUUCCUCCAAACACUACUAGUAACCCGUCUGCAAGGGUACUUGCACCCAUCAACCAGGAAACUCAGGAGAUACACCCAUCUUUCUACCGCAGAUUUCCAUCCGCACUUGCCAGUAUGGCACCUGCGCCAGAGAAGAGCUACUCAGAGCGCAUGGCUUCCAGACGAGAAGCUUCCCAUGCGAAGUGUGAGAAAUGGCUGGCUGUCGACGAGGCCAAGGUACCUCAGGGAGGGCUCGAGCAGCUGGGUCUGGACUCUGAUGAAGAGGGGCGGGAGAAGGUUAAUGGUGACGAGGAUUGGGAGUUUGUCGAUAGUCCUGGAGUGGAGGAAGGUAAAUGGGCAGAGUAA